CCGUUCCGAAUUUUAAGGUUAUGUAAGUUAAUUGACCGGUUGAAAUUGUUUAUUGUUUCCGGUUUUAACUGCACUCCAACAAAAUUUGGGUGGCCACAAUGUCAGUUUUGGAAUACUGUGAAGCCUUCCUAACAGACGGAAAAUCUUCAUGGAAAAACGUUCACAACUGUAAUCGAUGCCCAUAUUUUACUACGUCAUUUUUUCUUAUGGUGAACCACAUGAAACGACACCGUUCCUUCUUUAAAAAAUUUACAUGCGAAAACGCCAAAGUCGAAGAGUUCUACUGCAAAGAUUGCGAUUUUAAAACGGAACUAACAAUUUUGUUCAAACAACACUUGAAUAAAUAUCACGGCCUCAAGAGAGAGUGUGCAGACGACUUCAGUGUACAAAACUACGUUUGCGAAAAGUGCGCUUUUGAAACAAAUCUCUUGUUAAAGUGGCUUCAGCAUAUUUCAGCGUGCAGGGGAAAGAAAGAAAACCUUCGAAUUUUCACCCACAAUAGUGACGAAAUACGUUGGUAUUACUGUACGGAAUGCCCCUACAAAACUAGAUUCAAAUAUAAUUUAAUUCGGCACAUGAAAAGUCGCCACUUAAACAAACAACAUGAAUGCGACAAGUGUCCGUUUAAAACUGGCUGUGAAAGACGUUUAAAGACGCACGUGAGUCGGAAACAUCUAGGCGAAAAAACAAUUAAGUGGUACGAAUGCGAAAAUUGCCCAUUCAAAACUAAACGGGGAUCGAAUUUAAAAGAUCACGUAAUUUGUCAACACACUAAUGAGGACGAAGUAAAGUGGUACGAAUGUGUCAGCUGCUCAUAUAAAAGUAAAAGAAAAGAUUAUUUAAAAAGACACGUGACUGUCCACCACUUGGAUGUCAAAUCAUUCCAGUGCAAAUUUUGCCCUUAUAAAGCCAAAUUGAAAAGUUAUUUGAACGAUCACAUCAACAAUCGCCACUCAAACGGAAAGAAAUUUAACUGGUACGAAUGUGACAAGUGUCCGUUCAAAAGUAAACGAAAAGGUGGUUUAAAAAGACACAUUAAUGCCAUCCAUUUAGACGAACAAGACGGUGAAUGGCACAAGUGCGACAAAUGUCCUUUUAAAACUAGGUCAAAAUCGAAUUUAAAGGACCACGUUAGCACCGUACACUCGAACGCAGAAGACGUUAAGUGGCACGAAUGCGAACAGUGUCCAUUCAAAACCAUGUAUAAAAAAUGUUUAAAAACUCACAUCAUCGCAAAACAUCUAGCUGAAGAAAAAAUUAAGUGGUACGAAUGCGAAAAUUGCCCUUUCAAGACUAAACUCGCAUCGACUUUAAAAAAUCAUGUGAUUUUUCGACAUUUGGAUGAAGGGUUUAAGUGGUACGAAUGUGGGAGCUGUUCGUAUAAAACUAAAAAGAAAGCUACAUUAAAAGAUCAUGUAACUGUCCACCAUUUGGAUGUCAAGUCGUUUCAGUGCAAAUGUUGCCCAUUUAAAACUAAGCUGCUGAGUUAUUUAAAAAGUCAUAUGAAGAAUCGCCACUCAGAUGGGAAUGAUGUUAAAUGGUACAAGUGUGAGCAGUGUCCUCAUAAAAGUAGACGUAAAUGUGAUUUAAGAGUCCACGUAAAUCGGAUUCAUGUAAAAGAACAAGAUAUACGAUGACUUUUGAUAUAGUUUGUCUUUGUGAACACUUUUGUAGCACACUGUAAUCGUUAUUUCUGGAAAUAAAAAAUUGUUAUAAA